UGUCCAUGCCAUGAAUGGAUACAAGACUCCCUCAUUUUAAACUCCCACAAUUUAAACAUACAGAUUUUACCUAAUAAUAAUUUCCCCUAAGAUUUGUGGGGGAGUUUCUGCUUAGAACCUGUGCUCUUCCAACCUAGAGCUCAAAAUGGAUCAGGAGAGAAAGAGCAAAAGGUCAUACAAGCCACAGUCUUAUCCGCCCAUCCUAAAGAGUCUAGAGGGCAGUGACAAGAAGCUGAGGUCCUCUGGGGACAGGGUCGUCCUCCCAUCCAGUCCAAAGGAUAAGGAUGGACAGGCAGCACACGUGAAAGUGUGUGAAGAAGAGGUGCAGGAAGAAAAUGCAGAGGCUGUGAACACCCCAUUUGUCUGUGAACCACUGAUUCUUCAGGAUGUUGAGGACUUGGAGGAGUCUACUGUAAAGGAAAGUCCAGUUCCUCCAAAGGACCUUGAAGAUAUCGAUAAGGCUUCAACCGAAGGCCAACAACUGACCCAGGUAGAGGAACACAACCCUGACAUCCUCCUCCCUCACCUUGUGGAUGCCCUGGAGAAUGCAUCUGUGAACACCCCCCCUGUUUGUGAACCACUGAUUAUUGAGGACUUGGAGGACUCUCCUGACAAGGAAUGUCCAGCUCCCCCAAAGACUAAGGAUGUAGAAUGUGCAUCAGCACAGGGCCAAGAACAGAUCCAGGUAGAUAAGGACAAAGACUGUGACAUGCCCCUCCCUCGCUGCUUGGACACCCUGGAGAAGCGCUUCUACCAGAGCAGGGACCACCAGAUCAGGGCAAGACACUGGGCCCAGUUCAGAGCAGAGACCCUGAGGGUAGUCCACCAGGGGAUAGUUGUCCUGCAACGUGAGCUGGAGCUGGAGCUGGAGCGGGUUAGAGAGGGCCUGGAGGGUAGACGCCAGCGCAGAGAGAGGGACCAUUACAGUCUGGCCCAGGUGAAGAGAGAGAGACAGAAAAAGAGAGAAGAGCAGAUAAAAGGAUGGAUGGAGAAGUGGAUGGGAGACAGGGAGGGGAGUGAAGAGGAGCGUGAGGAGGACAAAGAGAGCGAGGAGGAGGAGGAGGAUGGCAUAGAGACUAUACGCAAGGAGGUGAAGAUGCAGAUGCCCUUGAUGAUUGCCGAUAUUGAGCGUGAUAUGAAGAAUGACUAUGAGCAGAACAAGAAUAGGGAAGCCCAGGACCGGAAGAUGUUGACCAGCCUGCUGCAGUGCUUGGAGUUAGUCUACCAGAGACGCACUGAGGAGAUACUGGGCAAGAUAGGCAUGCUGUGGGACAUCAUGAUCAACAACAUGCUCCAGGACCUCCAUGGAAGGAGAACAGCCCAGAAGUCAGUGUCUGCCCAGACCGCGCAGUAUCUCCACUUCCGCCGCAGCCCCCGGCUGGCCCCAAUCGCCCCUCUGACUGAAGCGGACAGGAGGCUCCUCAAGGGAGGGGCAAGAGAUUCCCAACAGGAUGACGAGGCAAAGAAGACUGGCAAAGGGGAAAAAAAGAAGAAGAAGAAGAAGAAGAAGAGGAAGAAGGCAGAGAGAGAAAGACGAGGAGAAAGACAGUCAGAGGCUGCAGAAGGAGGAAAUGGUGGAAAGUAAGCCAGAAGAGAAUAAAAAGUUUCUCCAAUUGCUGCUGCUCAAACUGACAUGCAUUCAAUGAUGACAUAAUAUUUAGAAAAAAUAAAAUUUGAAAGCAG